GGGCAUAUGAAAAUUUCACUCUUCUAUACUUGCAUCAGAAAACAUCCCGAUCUGUUGGUGCUAUCCUUCUUUUGGCCCGCUUGAGGAAAAUGCAGCUGUUCCCAACAACUAAUGUGAUCAUUCUCGUGAAAAAUAAUGCACUCGUCAGAGAAACGAAGAUUAGAGUUAGGAAUUUUCAAAACAAGGAAAAGUAUAAAAGAAGAGGACGAAGAUUUGGAAAAUGUGACAAAGGAAGAGGAGGCAAAAGAUGAAUUGACGGCGCUUUCGGAACAGAAGACAUCCUCGAAGCUGUCGGAUUCGAAGAAACCAAGCAUAUUCAUGAGAAAAAAGAAGACGAGUGAGUGCUUUGCCGAUACGCGAGUGGACAAGAAGAAAAUUGCGAGGGAGGCCACCCAGAAGACGAUUCUCCUCGAGAGUGCCCCUCGGCAGGUUGUGCUCGAAAAAGUCUCACUCUCAGUAACGGAGCCAGGAUUCGAGGCUUGUCGACCUCCUUCGGACCUAUCAGGCACAUCCACAGCAAAUUCUUCGUUCACAUGUGCACAACUGGUUGAACAAAAGCUUCAGGAAAUUACCAGAGAGGCGCAAAAUCUUGCUGCAGCAGCUGGUAGAAAAGCUAGACAAGAAGAUCAGACGACAGUUUCGGAAGUGAGCUCUUUGGUAGCAGAUUCAGAAGACUGUCAAAGCCCGGAUCACUGCGUCAGAGUUGAAAUUGCUUCUCCUGUACUCAAGGCCAGCAAGUCAUUUUCGCCGUCACGAUCACAUCAUCUCUGCAAUUCCGAACCUCAACAUCACCUAGCAGCAAAACAACGAGUUUCUGAUUUGAAAUCCAUUGCUGAGGCAACUCAGAGAAUAUUUGACGAGACCAAGGAGAUGUCUCGACAUCAGUCGAUGAAUACGGAAAGAAACAGAGAAAGUCUAGCUGAUCGUCUUAGUAAAGGAAUCCAUGAAUUGACGCAAGGGUCAACUGAUCGCCUUCAGCGUUGGAAGACAAAACUUCAGGCUGGCGGUCAUGGUAGGAGACAGAAGGAUCAAAGCGAACCGCCACCUAUUAGAAGGCCACCAGUGCUUACCGACGCAGAAGCAAUACCUGUAUGGACUGACAGAUAUCCUCGUCCGCUACAUCCAUCGCGAUCAGCAUCAAAUGCUCUGCAGAUUAAUCAAAUCUUAGCCGCAGAAAAUCUUGGGAAAGAAGGAAUGGAUCAUCGCACAUUGAAGAUGCGUGAAAAUAGUGCAAGUCAAAAAGAUCUAUCGUUUCACUAUCAACACAUGAGCAGCUUGCAGAGCAUUAUGAAUACACUGGAUGGCUAUACCAAAGGAAACUUUGACAAUCCACCGCCACGAAUUUUGCCAAUUUCCGGUAUGAAACCAUCGAACGACGGCAUCAUUAGACCAGUUGCAUUCCGACCAGUACCGUCGCAGAACGACGAGCAGACUAAUCACCAAACAAAUAAUAUCACUCGUGUCGAGCGACAAGUAAUUCGAGGUGAUCUAACGAAAUCUACUACGAAUGUGAAUCAGAUGAUUAGUGCACAGUUACAGAGAAGUCGAGCCAUAUUCCAACCGAGCACGAGCUUUACUUCGCAAAAACCUCAAGAAAAUGAGUACGAUACCGUUCCUGAUUAUAUUGAAAAGGAAAAGCUCAGUGACUUUGGUUCAUCGGCCUCCGAUUACGGUUCAUACCAUCACAUUCAUCCUCCAACGAAAAUGACUUCAUCGACAGCUUCUAGUGGUACACAUAGCUCGGGAAGUCAACUGUCCAGUCCUCCCAGCACGAACAAGAAACCAUACCAACAAUCCGGACGCGUUUCUGCCCUACAUGUCACUCCCUCACCAAGCGAUUCGGGUAUCGUUGACUACGAGACACUAAUUCGUGACAAGGAAAAUGAACUUCGAGUCGUACGCAACACUAUGGAACAAAAUGAAGAAAUUAUUGUGAAGGUGUAUCAAGAAAAAGAAAGAGCUUGGAAGGAAGAAUUAGAACAUCUACGUUCGCGUCUGAGUGCAUCAGAAAAAGGCGAAAAUGCGCUACGAGCGCAACUUGCUGGUUGCCAAAAACAGACGGACAAUAUGAGCCGAACAAUUGACGGACUAAGAGAUGAAAAGACUGGUCUGCUAAGAAAGUGUUUCCAACUCGAACGAGAGAUGGCACAAAUGAAGCUGGAACUCGAUAAACCACGGGAAUGUGAAGAAUGUCGACUACGUAAUGGCUCUGCUGCAGCAUUUAGAAGAACACAGGAUGGCGAUGUGUCCCUGCGUUCAGAAGUGGCCAGUCUACGAGACGAAGUUGCAACGCUGAAAGAAGCUCUCACUGCCCAAAUGCAGGUGUUCACAGAUGAAAGGAAAAAAUGGGAGCGUGAUCCAGGUGUCGAUCGGAAAGGACAGACUCAUUUGAGUGAUAAUUGUAUUAAUAAUUCUUUGUCAGAACAACUCGAUUUCCGCUGUGUCUUGAGAGUUACCUUUAUACUUCCGAGUUUUAAUUAG